UGAAGCUGUGUUUCCGGUCUGGCUAUGAUCUGGUGCUAACAGCAGACGUUAACCUCUGUUAGCUAAAAUCUCGGAGUCAGAUUCAGCUUCCGGGGACUCAGAUCGGGUCCCCGUCUUCCUCCUGUAGUCGGAUCCUGCUGGUUCGGCUCGUCAGUCGGUCCUGAAGCCGCCAGCUGGGGCUGAACUCCGUCGUCAGCAGACUGGGCCGCCUGCUUAGGUGACUAGCAUCGAGCUAACAGCUAGCUGCUUCCUGUCGAUGAAAACACCGCGAGGAACGUCAGAGCCAGGUGUGUGAACUGAUCCAGGUGGGCCUUACCUGUGGAUGGUCCUGCCUGAGUCGGCUCGAUACCUCCUUCACCCUCCUGACUGCAGUCAUGUUGACCUAAAACUGGACCCAGAACCAUCAGAGUCCUGCAGAGACCAGUGCCAUGUCGGAGAACCAGGCCAACAACAACAAUGUUCCUGUGAACAACAACAACAUGGGGCCCAACAGGAUCCGGAACCCCAACAUCAACCAGAACCCUCUCAUCAACGUACGAGACCGCCUCUUCCACGCCCUCUUCUUCAAGAUGGCCGUCACGUAUGCACGCCUCUUUCCACCGUCCUUCAGGAGGGUCUUCGAGUUCUUCGUCCUUUUAAAGGCGCUCUUUGUCCUCUUCAUCCUUGCCUACAUACACAUCGCCUUCUCCCGCUCCCCCAUCAACUGUCUGGAGGCGGUCCGGGACCGCUGGCCUCGGGACGGCAUCCUGAGGGUGGAGAUUCAGAGAAACUCCAGCCGGGUCGCUGUCUUCCUGCAGAACUAUGAGUCCGCCGGAGUCCACGAGGACCUGGAUGCUGAGGAAGACCAAGAAAGAAGUCCUGAGGCUGGACUCGGGCUGGCACUGCCACCGGAGGAGGGCGAGGAUGAGGAGGAGAUGACUGUGGACAUGUUUGAGUCUAAUGGCACCGAAAAGUUUGAUCUGGACCUGGAGCCUCAGCUGCAGCCGUCUGUGGUCGGUGUUGGAGCAGCAGUGGGUGGAGUCAAUGACAGCCAAGACGUCUCCUUUGGCCACACCCCUAAAGGUAUGCAGCACCUGCAGGACUCUGAUUCUGAGCUGGACAUGGUGACCCGAGCAGUGUGGCCUCAGGACGAGUACAUUGUGGAAUAUUCACUGGAGUACGGCUUCCUUCGUUUGUCUCAGAGCACCAGACAGAGACUCAACAUCUCUGUCAUGGUCGUCACUCUGGAUCCCAUGAAGGAUGAAUGUUUUGGUGAUGGCUUCAGCCGCUUCCUGCUUGAUGAGUUUCUGGGAUAUGACGAUAUCUUGAUGUCGAGCGUGAAGGCGCUGGCAGAGAACGAGGAGAACAAAGGGUUCCUGAGGAAUGUGGUGUCAGGAGAACAUUACCGCUUUGUCAGCAUGUGGAUGGCCAGAACCUCGUACUUGGCUGCCUUUGUCAUCAUGGUCAUAUUUACUCUGUCCGUGUCCAUGCUGCUCAGAUACUCCCACCAUCAGAUCUUCGUCUUCAUCGUGGAUCUUCUGCAGAUGUUAGAGAUGAACAUGACCAUCGCCUUCCCAGCAGCCCCUCUGCUCACCGUCAUCCUCGCCCUAGUUGGUAUGGAGGCCAUAAUGUCCGAGUUCUUCAAUGAUACGACAACAGCCUUCUACAUCAUUCUGAUUGUUUGGUUGGCCGAUCAAUACGACGCCAUCUGCUGCCACACCAACACAAGCAAACGCCACUGGCUGCGGUUCUUCUAUCUGUACCACUUCGCCUUUUACGCCUAUCACUACCGCUUCAACGGUCAGUACAGCAGUCUGGCUCUGGUCACCUCUUGGCUCUUCAUUCAGCACUCCAUGAUCUACUUCUUUCACCACUACGAGCUUCCUGCCAUCCUGCAACAAAUCCGGAUCCAGGAGAUGCUUCUGCAGAACCAGCAGGCAGGUCAGAACCAGACGGCUCUGCAGGACAACCUUAACAACAACCACAGUGCUGCUACCGUUGCUGAUCCAGGACCUCCCGGACCUGGCCAGUCUGGGGCUGCCAGCACGGACGCGCCUGCACCACAAGCCGAACCCCUCCCACCAUCGUCGGCAGAAGGUGCUGGGGAGGAGAGGGUGGAGUUGAACUGGGUUGCUCAGACAGCCGCCAUCAUUACUGAGGCUCUGACCUCCUCUGUCAGUCCAGGAGGAGCUGGAGGUCAGGGGUCAGCAGGAGCAGAGGUCAAUGUGGAGUUCUCUGUGGGCGGAGCUGCAGGAGGAGGAGAAGUUCUAAGUGCUUCAGAAGAAGCUGCUGGAGGAGGAGCCAAGACUGAGCUCGCACUUGGAAAGGAGGCUGAGCCCCAGAGUGAGGUGGAGCUUAAUCAGGCUGGGUUCCAAGAGGAGGCGGUGGAGCACCAGAAGGAGGCAGAACCCCGAGACGGAGUGGGGUCUCAGAAGGCGGGGCUUCACAGAGAGGUGGAACUCAGAGAAGAGGCGGAGCUCUCAGACAAAUGCCCCGCCCCUCAGACAGCAGGUACAGACUGCGAGUGCAGAACUCCUGAGCAGCAGCACCAGCAGAGCCCCGCCCACCCGAGCUCAUCCUGAAAGUCCAGGUGUGCUCCUAACGUCAUCAGCUCACCUGAACGACUCAGUGCUUCAGUUUGUCAGCUGAUUAUUCUGAUUGGUUAGAAUUUAUUAAUCGGGUGUUUCUUUUACUGCAGACGGGACUGCAGCAGGUUCUGUUUGGGCUUUCAGGAAAACACGCAGCUGAGGUUUGGUUCUGGCCCAGAACAACUUGAAAUGGGCUCCAAAUAGAACCAGAACCAUGUCUGAAUGUCUCAUUGAUCGAUUGAUUCAUAAUUUUGGCAGCAGAGUCUGGAACUUCUCAGCUGAUUCCACCAACAGUUAGAAACCCCGCCUUUAUCAAUAUCAUCAUCAGUAACUUCACCAAUAAACAAUUAAUACCUGAUCAGUGAUAAAUCAAUAAACUAAUAUUUUAUUUUUUAUAAGAAACUGGAAGGAAAGCCUGGAUCAAUAACUCAUUGAUCUGAGUUCUAGUUGCUCAGUAAAAGCAACUGAUCAACUGAGUUCUAGUUGAUCAAUAAAGGUGAUUGAUCAACUGAUGGUCUAAAAACCAUGAGGAGUGAUCGGUUUUGAUUUUCACCUAUUGAUCGGUGAUUGGCUCUGAUUCUGACAGACUGAAGCACAAACUGAACUCUUUCCAUCUGCUUUUAUUUUGGAGGAAACAGGAAAUGGAGCUCAAGCUGAUCAAUCAAUAUGAUCUAAUGCCUUAUUCUCAGACUGUCAGCAGCUGAUUGGUCGUGCAAUAUGACACCAGUGGAGUCACAGUUUAAGCCCCGCCUUCUGGGAGGGGAGUGGCCUGUCAGGGUGUCAAAGGUCACGUUUGUUGAUCCUGUUCUGUUCAUUGAUCCGACCUUCAUCCUGUUCCUGGAUUGUUCUUCAAACGCCAUGAAGGAGGCGGAGCCUGACUGUGACCAUGGGACACGAACUGGGGGGCGGGGUUUGGACACACUGGGACAUUUCUUCUUUGUGCCUCUUUGAUGACUGACUGUAGCUUGUUAGAAAUCUGAAACUCCUCAGAGUGAGAGAUUUUACCUGCACAACAGGUGAGGUGCCGCCGUACAGCUCAGAAUAAUUGAUUGAUUAUUGAGAUGUCUAUUGAUCAGUUGUGAGUCACCUGUAGGUCAUAAAUAAAGUUGUUUCA